CUUUCUGCAUGCGUACUGCAAAAUUGACUUUGGGUACACCUCAUCUACAGAGAGCCUCUGGUGUUUUUGGUCCAAGCCUACACCGCUGAGCAAAAUGACCGCUAAGAAGUCUGGCUCACGACUGGAGACAGAGAUAGAGCGGUGCCGUUCAGAGGGCCAAUGGGAUAAAAUACCAGAGUUAGUUCGGCAACUCCCGGCUAAACUGAUAUCAAACGAUGACUUAGGGGAGCUGUUGCUGGGGGAAUGUAAGCUACAAACGUACUUGAAAGAGAAUCCAAUCAAACAGGGUGCCAGCCCAAAGGGCCCAAGACCAAAAUUGGUAGAGGUCAGGAAGCACCUAACUGCUGCUCUGGACAGAGGAAACCUCAAGGCGCAUUACCUUCAGGAGGCGAGUCUGCUCAUGGCUAAACUCAGCUAUGCAGAGGAAGAAUACAGAGAUGCUUUAGGUCAGUACAACAGGAUGCGUCUGGAUGACAUGCAGCUGGCUGGAGCUCCUGUGUACAGGCUCUCUAUGAUAGCAGAGGCAUAUGCCACUAAAGGUUUGUGUCUUGAGAAAAUACCACCUGCCUCUCCAAUGGUGUCCAACAUGAAUGCCGGGUCUCCAUCCACCAACAGAAGCAGACCUGAGUUAGAGCAGGAAAUCAUCACCUGCUAUGAAAAAUCCGGAGAUAUUGCUCUACUUUACCUGCAGGAGGCUGAGAAGGCUUUGUCAGCUGGAAUUCAGAACCGCAGCCCAAAGCCUGGCCCGGUUUCCCAGGACCAGGAGCUGGAUUACUUUCUUGAGACAGGCCUGCAGAGAGCCCAUGUCAUCCAUUUCAAAAACGGAAACCUGACGCAGGGUGUUGGGCGAUUUCGAGAAAUUCUUCGAGCUGUUGAGACCAGGACUACGCAAAACCUGCGCAUGACCAUAGCAAGACAGCUUGCAGAGAUCUUGCUUCGUGGAAUGUGUGAACAGAGUUACUGGUCUCCUGUGGAAGACCCGCCCACCGUGUCACCACUGGACGAUCCCACGCGACAAGCACCCAUCAAAAGCAAGAAGUACAGCUUAAGCCGACCCCCACGGGUGUACUCAGGAGAGAAUCUGUUUUGCCCUCAGGAGAACACAGAGGAAGCGUUAUUGCUGCUCCUUAUAAGUGAGUCCAUGGCUAACCGCGAUGCUGUACUAAGCAGGAUUCCUGAACACAAUAAUGAUCGAAUCAUCAGUUUACAGUCUGCCUCUGUGGUGUACGACCUGCUUACAAUAGCACUAGGCAGAAGAGGGCAGUAUGAGAUGCUAUCUGAGUGUUUGGAGCGGGCCAUGAAAUUUGCAUUUGAGGAGUUCCACUUGUGGUAUCAGCUCGCCCUGUCCUUAAUGGCGGCUGGAAAAUCCGCUCGCGCAGUUAAAGUUCUCAAGGAGUGUAUUCGUCUAAAGCCCGACGACCCCACCAUCCCACUGCUGGCUGUCAAACUGUGUAUCGGACCCCUGCACUGGUGGGAUGAGGGUGAGUGCUUUGCCAAGAUGGUAAUUGACAUGGGCGAGAAAGCAGCUGAGUUCAGAGCCAAAGGCCACUUGGCCAUUGGACUGGUUUACAGCCUCAAAGCCACCGAUGCAUCACUGCGAAGCACAGAAGAAGAAUACCAGAGGAAAGCUUUGGGAGCCUUUCAGAGAGCGCAAAGUCUGUCUCCAACGGACCAUUUAGCAACCUUCUACCUUGCACUGCAGCUUGCUGUGUCCAGACAGAUUCCCGAGGCGUUAGGGUAUGUUCGACAGGCCUUACAGCUUCAAGGGGAUGACGUUCACUCCCUUCAUCUGCUGGCCCUGCUGCUGUCAGCUCAGAAGCACUACCAUGACGCUCUCAAUAUUAUAGAGAUGGCCCUUUCUGAAUAUCCGGAGAACUUCAACUUGCUAUACACCAAGGUGAAGUUGGAGAGCAUGUGCAGAGGACCAGAAGAAUCUUUGCUUACCUGUAAACACAUGUUGCAGAUCUGGAAGAGCUUUUACAACCUUACAAACCCCAGUGAUUCAGGGCGAGGCAGCAGUUUGUUGGAUAGAGCUGUAGCGGACCGACGACAGCUCAACGCCAUGACUCUGCCAGAAUUCAGUGACCCAGAGACGGCUUCAGGUUCUUCCUCUUCUCAUACUGGGUCUGAACCAAUGUCCCCCACCUCCCUCUCCACCAUAUCCACGCUGUCCUCCCCUUCUUCUCCUGUUUUCAUUCUUCCGCCUUCUCCUUCAUCCAAAAAGUGUUCUCUCUUGCCUCCUCCUCCUGCUCCCCCUGCUCCUCCCCUGACGACCACCAAAGCCAGGCCUCACUCAAUUUCCAACCACGUCACCCUUCGCCAACUCUCCUCCAACUCCAGCGGCCUUCAGGACGCUAACACUCUUGGUUUUUCUUCCAUAAUUUCUGUUUGUUCUGUACAUGCUACAUCAAUAGCAGCAAGUCGUGUGGAGCAGGCGCUGUCUGAGGUGGCGUCUUCCCUACAGAGCAGUGCACCCAAGCACGGACCCCUGCACCCGUGGAUGACACUGGCCCAGAUUUGGCUCCAUGCAGCUGAGGUUUACAUCGGCAUGUCGAAGCCUACUGAGGCGUCGGCCUGCACACAGGAAGCCGCCAAUCUCUUCCCCACAUCCCAUAAUGUGCUGUUCAUGAGGGGCCAGAUAGCUGAGCUCAGGGGUAGCGUAGAUGAAGCAAAACGCUGGUACGAAGAAGCCCUGUCCAUCAACCCGACGCAUGUCAAAACCAUGCAGAGAUUGGGUCUAAUUCUCCAUCAGUUGCAGCGCUAUAGUUUGUCGGAAAAAGUGCUGAGGGAUGCUGUGCAGGUGAACAGUACGGCUCAUGACGUAUGGAACAGUCUUGGCGAGGUGUUGCAGGCUCAAGGGAACGCAUGUGCUGCCACCGAGUGUUUCCUCACUGCUUUGGAGCUGGAGGCUAGCAGCCCCAUCCUGCCUUUCACCAUCAUUCCAAGAGCACUAUGAGAGAGACACACGCACACACAUAAUAAAAGCAAACACACACACACACACACAGCAUGUCUUCACACCACUUGCACACUAAGCUGCACAACACUGGUGCAUGCUCAGGCGCACUUUGCUGUUACUCUUGACCUCCUCUUGUCAUAAUUGCUAGUCAUGUUUUUUGCUCAUGAAAUGUGUGUGUAUAGUGUGAGUGUGUGUUUGUGUGUGUGCGCUUUACAUUAAGUGUUUACAUUGUGGUUAAAGCACUGAGAGUACAUAGUGUACAGUAAAUGUAUGUAAAUCCUUUGUGUGCCCUUAAAAACACUCCUUGCCAAAAUAGACACUUCCACCUACACACACUUUGAUGUCUGGAGUGGAUUCAAUGCAAGUAUAAACGUUAAUUGUAUGUUUUGUUAUUCUGGUUCCCGGGCAGCGCUAGAAUUAAGAAACAAGAUAAACCUGUUUUAGAAACUGAAAGAAGCUGUAUUUUUAUGUCAUGUCACAUAGAAAGGGAAUCGAGCAUGUUUGCCAGAAAUAUUCCUUCACUUCAAAUAAAUGAGUUGAAAAGAGAGCCAAUUAGCAUGUUUGAGGUGCACGUGGGUUUUUUUAUACUACAAACCAACAACAAAAAUUGUAAUAUUUUAUUCUGUCAUUUUAAAUACAGCUCCGAGUUUGAUGUGUUACGGUUGUACCAAUGUACCAUUUUCAUUGUCCUGUCAUUUACUGAUGAAGUCACUGUGUUUUAAUUUAUGCUGUUAAAUUUACGGAAGAAAUAAAAGGACACUAUUGUUUA